UUGAGGAACGGUCGCAAAAUAAACGCCAUUUUGUUGUCGACACCAGCUAUCAGCCAAGUUAACGAUGACAAAGUACAAGGAAGUCGAUUAUAAGGGUGGAAAGAAGCACUGGCCGCUUUGGGCGAUCCCUUUUCUAAUAGCAAUCUUACUGCUUUUGAUCGGAGUCUUUAUUUUGUUGACCCUUGGUGCAAAACACCAUUGUUUGUUCUUUGACUGCGAACAACCGAUCGACAAAGUCAUCUCGCCGCCGGACGAAAUACCUAGAAAUGAAGAUGUCCUCGGUGAUGAUGAAAUAAGUGUCUACGGAGAGCUGAUCUUCGGAGGGGGCGCUCCAGACAGUCUUCCUCCUAAUUCACAUUUACUGGUUAAAUUUGAAGACGUUAGCAUGAUGGAUGCUCCUUCGGUACUCCUCGGAAAAACUAUGGUUGACUUGUCGAGCUAUGAUAAAGAGAAGAACCUGAAGUACAAAAUUAAGUCCAAAAAGCCAGAUCUUGGUGGCAGUUACAGUAUUUCUGCGACAUUGAAGAUGGGCUGGAAGGCGAACAAAGAUGCUUGGAUAAAACAAGGGGAUUACAUGACCGACACACACUAUGAUGUAAAGAUCGAAGACAAGAAGCAAGUGUACAGGAGAGAUGUUACUUUGGUUCAAUAUUAGCGAGAGUUAAGAUGCCAGAUGUACACCUAUUCUUCUUAUGGACAGAUAUCACUCACGGAAACUAUUAACUGAAGGAUGCACUUUAUUUAUAAAUUACCUAUACUAAUUUGUUAUUUAAUGCAAUAAGCACCAGCAAAAUCUGACAAGACUGCUCUUAGAUGGUAGUAAGCAGAGUGUAAAUAUAUCCUAAAUUGUAAUGUAAUAUUAUUUGUGUGGUGGUGGGGUAAAUGUUUUAUUUAAUGCAAUUUACAUUAGACUUGUAUAUUUUGUGUUUUCUAUGGCCAAUUGCUGUUAAGUUGAGGUUGUAUGUCAAGAUAAAUUACUGUCUUUUUUGCAUAAUUUAACAACCUAUCAAUCUUGUUUCUCCUGGUUUUUCUUCACUAUGUUUAUCUAUUAGAUAAAAUGAGAUAUUGGUAUUUUUUCAUAAAGAGAGGAAUCAUCCCGACUAAUCCAUGUUUAUACAUUGCUACUAAUUGGAUUUUCUAUGGAAGUACAGCUGCAUCAGGAUUACUUUUUUCUUUAGAGUUUGAGUUAUUUGCAUGGUCUUGGAUGAGUUACAUGUUUUGGCAAGAGACAGUCCAGAUUGGUGAAAAGAAUUAGAGGUUGGGGAAUAGGCAAGAACAAUUUCAGUUUUCAAGAGGUUGGCUUCUCUGCAGGAUGAAAACCAAUGCUUGCUUGUUGUCCCUCUAUGUGAGAGCUUUUAAAACUGUCAUCAUUUGCUUGAACGCAUGCAUGGACUUAUUUUAAAAUAAAAUUUUCAUCUAAUCUUGAAUGCCUUUUUACCAGGACAUCUGGAUCAUUAAAUGCUUUGUACUCAAAGGAAAUACUGUUUUAAAGUUAAAGUUGUUAGGUGUAUGUGUACUUUGAGACCUUAUUCUUUACUGAAUUUUAACAAGAUGUUGUCUUUUGUUAAAUGUAUUGUUUUACCAUGUUAAAAAGGCUUGAAAGAGAUGAUCUUUUGACAAACUUGAAACCUGUGCAACUUUUUAAGUAUGGCAGGUGUUGUUAAUAUCUGAGCAAGAUGAUCUAAUUGUUCAAGAAUAUGGGGCAUAUGUUAUAGGGGAUUCAUUAUUCACAUAAAUAAAAGGUGUGUUGUCAUCUUGAGAUUAUAUUGAAUGCUAUUACUGCAGAAGGUUGAUAAUUUGUAAUGACAUUAUGGAAUAAAAAUGCAACUUUGCCUUGAA